CCAAACACGAAAUACAUCCAAGUUAAAAUGAUCGAACUUUUCAACCCUAAACCCUUUUCAAACUCGCACCCAAAAUGAUUCGGAGAUUUUGUAAGUCCAACUCAAUGUAGUUGUGUUACAUAUCUAAACGAAUAAUGAGCAGCAGCAGCAACAACAUAAACUCGGUGUUCUAUGCAGAGUCGUAUCAUCCUAUUCAGGCUGGUAGUAUCGACGGCACCGACAUCCUCCCCCACGAUAACGCCGUUCUCCGAGCUCAUCUAUGCUCCAAUGCUGCCCUAUAUGACCCUUUGGGCGACCCCAAAAUCAUCGGCGACCCUUAUCGCACCAUCUUUGUCGGUCGCCUAUCUCACUUGACCACAGAGCACACUCUCCAGAAGGCUAUGAGCAAAUAUGGUCGAGUCAAAAACUUGCGCUUAGUUCGCCACAUCGUUACCGGCGCAUCACGGGGUUAUGCUUUUGUUGAAUUCGAAUCCGAGAGAGAAAUGCGUCGUGCAUAUCUGGACGCCCACCAUUCAAUUAUUGAUGAUGCUGAAAUUCUUGUCGAUUACAACAGGCAACAAUUGAUGCCUGGGUGGAUUCCUAGAAGAUUAGGAGGGGGUCUUGGUGGUAGAAAGGAAUCAGGACAACUUCGUUUUGGAGGACGAGAAAGACCAUUUAGAGCUCCCUUGCAACCAAUUCCAUUUGAAGAUUUGAAAAAACUGGGCAUUCCUCCUCCACCUGAAGGAAGAUACAUGUCUCGUUUCCAGGUCCCAUCACCCCCUCGGAAACCUAGGAGUUUAGUGGAGAAGGAAGAAUACUCUCACAAGAGGAGCUCUGCGGAGAGAGAAGAUUUAUCCCAAAGAAGUCCCUCAAUGGAGAGGGAUGAACACAGAAGGACAACAGGGGGAAAGCGAGACUUCAGAAAAAGGAGUUGUGUGGAGGAAGAAUGCCAACAUGGAAAAAGCCCCGAGGAUUGGUCGGAUUAUUCUCCAAAAUCGACUCCUGUAGAGAGGGAUCAUAACUACAAGUGGAGUUCUUCGGACAGAGAGGAGCACUACCAUUCCAGGAGCACUGCAGAGAGGGGAGAUGUCUCUCAGAAAAGGAGCUCUAAGGGUAAGGAAGAACGCUCUAGCAAGCGUCAUAGACAUCACAGCCGGUCCAAGCAAUAAGCAAGGCCAUCCCCUUCGUAGAUCAGCUGCUGGGUCCAGUCAAACAUGAGAUAAGUCUUGCGUUUACUACCAUGAAGUGCUGAUUAAGAUUUUUGUUCUGUUUCCCAAUCAGUAUCUGAAGAAAUAUGGGAGUUUAGUGUGGCUACAGAAAUUGUUUGAGUGUAUCAAUGUAAUUGCAUCAGCAUUAGGUCACCACUCUCUUGGUUAAAACGAGCUGUAGUUGAAUUACAUUAAAUGGAUGCCAGUUCCAGGGGAAAUAUAUUUCAUUUGUUAUUGA